UGGAGUGUGGUCUGUAUUUGUGUAGGGGGUCUGGAGUGUGGUCUGUAUUUGUGUAGGGGGUCUGGAGUGUGGUCUGUAUUUGUGUAGGAGGUCUGGACUGUGGUUUGUAUUUGUGUAGGGGUCUGGAGUGUGGUCUGUAUUUGUGUAGGGGUCUGGAGUGUGGUCUGUAUUUGUGUAGGGGGUCUGGUGUGUUUUCUGUAUAUUUCUACAGGUCUUAUAUAAAUGGGUGAUGCCUGAAGAAAAUAACAGUCCUAAACCUGCCGCUUUGUGACCCCCUCUUCGGAAUCUCCCUCAUGUCCUGUCAGAAAUGAGCUUCUAUAAUUAUUACAAUAAAUCUAUAGGAAAGCUGCCGACAUUUCAUUCCACCGUGACUCCUUUCACUUCCCAGCAGGACACUGUGCAGGUAACUUCUCUCCACAGCUCUGUCUGGUCCAUACUUUGCAUCACUGGAGCUGCACAUAUAACCUGUAGGACUGUGGCAGCCCUUUCAGUCAGGGUAGAAGAAGAAGCGCUGACCGGUAAAUGUAGCAGCAGCAGCCGUGGACCCGGGCAGUGCGGGCACCGACACCUCCCGCCUCAGCGGCGAGGCCACGCCCACCGCCGUUAUAAGCAGCGGCUCCCGCUGAGCCCCGCACUCAGCUGUGCUGUCCCGGGAUGGGAGAGUGGCCCUCAGCUCAGGACUCCUCGCCGCCCCUCCAGUGACUCCCCAUGGACGCAGCAGUGGAUUCUGAUAUUGUGUGGAGGAAUAUUACAGCAGCACUGGCGGUGUACAGUAAUGUGAAAUGGAUACAGGUGAUUACGUCUAUGCUAAGUAUCGUCGGUUCUGGCUCAAUCAUUGGCUACGCUGUAUUUCAGAAUGCUGUUAAAUUACCAGAGGUUCGUCCGCUGUUUUAUCUCAGUGUCUCUGACCUACUUGUGGCUUUUUGCUGGCUCCUUGGGGCUGUCCUGUACAAGCCGCAUACUCAGAGUUUUCCAUGCUUCAACCUCCAGGCGGUGGGCCAGGUGUUUUAUCUUUCAACAUAUUUGUACACAAUCAACUACAUGUGGCAGACCUUCAGUAAUUUCAGGAGAAGAAUAAGCAAUGACUUAAAUCAGAUUUCAGAUAAAGAAUGCUGCAUUGGGAGAGUAGCAACAGUUCUAUGCAGUGUAGUUCCUGUUUUAUUCAUCUGCCCUGUAUUAUAUUAUGGGAACACAAAGGAAUGCUACAGGAACAACAGCUACAGCUGUUUGGUGCUGAACAUCGGAUCCCAGAUUACAAUGGACCCCGACGUUUCUAGCAGCUGUGCAGCCUUACACACUUACAGCACUGCUGUCUUUAUGACUACAUUUUGCCUUUCAACCACAGGAAUAUUAGUCAUAUUGGGUUACAUCUGUCAGUUAUUCAGAAUGAUACAAAAAGACUCAAGAUCACUACAAGGCCACUGGGCUGUCAUCACUGUUACAAGACAUACCUUUCUACUGUUUCCCUCUAUCUUUCUUUUCUGCUGCUUACCAGUUGUUACACUGACCUUUGUUAACAUGAAGGAGGUAACUGAUGGCUACCAAGUACUGUGUUAUAUCCAGGCAUUUACUGCAGUUUCUCAAGGAUUCCUCAACAGUUUGGCUUAUGGAUGGACACAGCAAAUGAUUCGUUGCCUGAAACGAAACCGCUGCCGUGAUGUAGAUACCCAAACUCCUCUUCUACGCUCUCAGAAAAAUCUUUAUGCUGCCAUGCAGACUUCUAACACCUGCAUAGGCCCACGCUCUAUUUCUGCAUUUUGAUGACCACCAUAAAAAAAAAGCACAGCUGCUAUGGGACACAUUGGAAGAAGUCUUAAUGGAACUUCACAGUAUGGGCAUUGUAUUUAAGAGAUACAUUGGAGUAAAGUACUUAAUAAAUCCAAGGAAACCUUUGUAUAAGAUUGCUCUUUCGUCAAGAAGGGUUGAGAAGAUUAGAUGUGUUCUUGACGUUUUGGUUAAGAUCUGACAAUGCCAAUUUAUGGAGAUAUCUGCAAGUUGCUUCUGAACAAAUUGAUAUAGAUCAUAUAUGUAUGUGUGCAGUCUGUUCUACACUACAGUGCAAAGAGGGACAAAUCCGGUGUCAGUUUUAGUGACACUACAGAUAUUUAUUGAACGCAACACUUUGCAAAGUUUGAUGGACUUAAGGAAUAUCAUAUUAUCUUAUUGAUAAUGUUUUUAGUUUUUCUUUUUUUAGUUGUUCUCUGUGUCUACAGAAUGUAAAAAAGCUUACAAUGAAAUGAUAAUUCCGUUAACACUGAAAUUGCAAACUCUUGCAAGUAAAAUAUAGCAAUUUUUUAUUGGAUCUGAUGGCUGUAAGGGAAAAUUGAUCAAAACUGGUGUGAAGGAAAACUGGCUUAGUUGCCGAUAGCAACAAAUCACAGCACAGCGUUAAUUUUUUUUCAACAGCAGUAUAAAAAAUGAAUGGUGUGUUGUGGUCGGUUACUAUGGGCAACAAAGACAGUCUUUCUUUUAGACAGUUUCAUAAAUCUCCCCCUGUGUUGAUGAUAUACGUUAUGAUUAAGUUGUACAAGGUUCUGUUUUGACCAUACGAUGGACGUUCAUGUUUCAACUCCACCACCAAAUGGGUAUGCACUAGAAAUAUGUAACUGUAUGCCUGUACAGUACACACCUGCCAUUGUAAGAAAAAAAUUAAAAUACAGUGUGGUCACCACAGCCCAAGAACACCACACAAUUAUUCGUAUAGUCUUCAUUUUCAUCAGAACUAUAAAUGUGUACAUUCCAUUAGUGGUGAAGGUGGUGAUUUCAGGAAUGGGUCUGAGUAGAGGACAGCCGGUGAAGAGCUGCCUGCUUUCCACCUCAUCCGUACACAGCUGUAAGAAAAAGCCAUUUUAUAGGGUUUAUGAGAAUGCACUAAUUGCUAUCACUCCCCAGUGAUGCGGCACAUACUAGGGUGAUGUUACUGAUACCCAGUAAUAGUAUAUUUUAUUUGUGUUAAAUGUGCUUUUAUAUGUAUUUUGUAAAGAAAUAAAAUCUUUUCCUUGUGCAUCUUUA